UGCCAGGCACAAAUUUAAGUACUUUACAUGGAUUAAUUAAUGUAGUUCUCACAGUAGCUCUGUGAGGUAGGGCCUGUUAUUGUCCCAGUUUACAGAAAAGAAAAUGGAAGCAUGGAAGAGUUGCCCCAAAGUCUCACAGCUAAUAGUGGAGCAGAGCUGGGAUUCCCACUUAGGCACUCUGGACGGGGUAGAUCUCAGUAAGAAGCACAUGCUUCUCCUUCUCCAUUGUUCUCAAGCGCAGCCUAGUACCGAUUGUCCUACUGACUCUUUCCAGCGUGACCCCAGCCCUGUGGGGGCAGAAAUCCCUCCCUCUAGCAUGCCUCCCAGCAAAUGGCAGUCUUUGGGCAAAUAGACUUUCAACAAAAUGUUCUGCUAAGUCUGUGUUUCUUGGAGGUGCUGGGGCUGGGGGCCCGGGGGUGGGGAGGGUUAAGGUGCUUUCCCUUCACCCCACCCCCAGAGGGAGCUGCUUCACAUUUGUCUGUUUUGUGUGAGACUGGGGACCAUAGAACUAGAGGAAAAGGCAUUCUGAGGUGAAAAGUGACUAUUGUCUGUUCCUUCCUGUUUGUGCUCUGGAAUAUUGUUACGAGCAUUCUGGUUUUAUGUGCAUAGAGAGUCAGGGCCUUCCUAGCUUGUUAGCUCAGGCAUAGUGGGUACUGUUGCAUUAUGGAUGAGCAGGUGAUGUACAGAAACAGCCACUGUGGUCUGUAAAGGACAUUUUAACAGCUGGCUAGUGGACCAGGAGACAGGAUUCCAGCUCCCUCUCUGCAUGCUCUGGAUUGGCUCCUGAUACAGCUUUGCUUGCUGGCCCAAGGCCUGGCCCACCCUGAAGCCUCCAGAGAGGACUCUGCACUGUCUUUCUAAAGCCUGGGAUCCUCUCUGUCUUCCAGGUUCCACUCCUCAAAUAGACACUUGGUAGCUCCUACUCUUGGGUCCAAGCAGGCAAGAGGUUCAGAGAGCCCCGGGUUGGACUGCAGUCCAUCCCCAAAUCUGACUUUCUGUCUCUAGAACUCCGGACACAGGAAGCCACUGACAGAAAGUCCUGUUUAUUUUCCUCUGCUGGCAACUCUCUGGACUCUUUGAUCACUUUUACAACUUUGUAAUUAUGGGCUGUAAUGGGCUAGGGUGUUUGAACCUCACAGUAAUUGCUUUCUACUGUUCCUACCCCAAUUCUUCAAAGAGAGCGGGAUGAAGAAGUGAGAAAAUCUGCAAAGAAGGGAGCCCCCAUGCUCUUGUAGGCCACACUGAGCCCAGAGUCUUGGGUAUGGGAAACCUGAGGCCCUAGGAAUCUCAUCCUGUGACUACUGGGUGCCCAACCCACACCCAGUCCAUCCCUGGGCUAUGAGAUUACCAGAAGGAUUAACCUAUUGGGUUCCUUUCCCAACACUUUUGUUGUUGUUUGUUUGUUUGUUUGUUUUAAAUUCAUUUAACUUUAUUUUAUGUGCAUUGGUGUAAGGGUGUCAGAUCUCCUGGAACUGGAGUUACAGACAGUUGUGAGCUGCCAUGUGGUUGCUGGGAAUUGAACCUGGGUCCUCUGAAAUCGCAGCCAGUGCUCUUAACCACUGAGCCAUCUCUCCAGCUGUUUGUUUUUUUGAGACAGGGUUUUUCUGUGUAGCCCUGACUAUCUUGGAACUCACUCUGUAGACCAGGCUGGCCCUGGACUCGGAGAUCUAGCUGCCUCUGCCUCUCGAGUGCUGGAAUUAAAUUAAAUUAAAGACAGGUGCCUCUGGUGCCAACACUUUUUGAAAGCUCUAAUUUGGAGAGCCCUGAAGAUGGUUUGGAGUAGGCUGGGCUUUCUCGGAGGAAGUGGUUAAGAGUAGAAGCUGCAAUUUCUCAGUUUCUUCCCCAGUCCCCUGUAGAGUCCGAGGAUUUCCUCGGGGCUUGGGGGUGGUAGUCACUUCACCUAGGCAGGCCCCGGGGAGGGACCAGCCCAGCUCCCUGGAGCAAGAGAGAAGAAAGGAAAGCUAUCCUAACCAAAAUAGGGGCCCCACUUAAGUGUCUCUCUGCCCUCCCCCUGUUCCCUGCCUGCAGGCAACUGGUUCUGAGGGGCCCGCUAGCCCCUUCCCCUGCUUGGGGAGUGGGGAGCAGAGAGCAGAGGGCCAAGCUGCUCCCAGCCAGCCUGGCAGGGGACCUGCCGCAACAGGCGCUGCCUGGGAAGACAGCCUAGAUCAAAGCUCUGGGGCUGUGAGUAAGUCCCAGCACUGGCUCCUCUUCCUGCCUUGGUGACUUGCAGAAGGGUUAACUCCUUCACUGCCUGCAGGAAGGCCCCAGAGAGUCAGCAGGGUCCCUGGGUGGGAGAUGGUACAGGAGGUGGCAGGCAGACAGACAGGAUGAGCCUCUGGUCUGGCCGGUCCGAUUCCAGGCUGGGAACAGCACCUUCCCAGAGCCGGUCCUUGUCAGUUAGUUGUUGCUGUUGCGUUCUUAUCUCCCUCCCCUCACCCCCACACGGGCCCCAGAUUCCCUCCUCUUGAUCUGUCUCUGGCUGUUAUCUGCGCUGCUGCGCGGCUGCUGCUGCUGCUGCUGCUGCGGGCUGGCUAGAUUGUACUGGCUCCGCUGUACUCUUGGCGCCCUUGGCAAACGUACACGUGCACCUGCGCACAGUUCUGUCCCUGUGGGAGCAGUUAGGCCCUCCUCAAUCCAGCCAUCCUAAGGGAGGGGACGAAGCGAUCAAGCACCUGGACAAGGACUCCUUAAGGCCCUGAGUUAGAACCAAAGAGCUUGGCAAAGCUAGAGAGGGGCAGACAGAGAGCGCCCCUGUGGGAGGCACUGAGGCCCGAAUGGCUGGCGAGCGAGGAGCCAGUGCGGUACUCUUCGACAUCACCGAGGAUCGAUCAGCUGCCGAGCAGUUGAGGCAGCCCCUGGGGCUGACUUGGCCAGUGGUGCUGAUCUGGGGUAAUGAUGCCGAGAAGCUGAUGGAGUUUGUGUACAAGAAUCGGAAGGCCCAUGUGAGGAUUGAGCUGAAGGAGCCCCCAGCCUGGCCAGAUUAUGACGUGUGGAUCCUCCUGACUGUGGUGGGUACCAUCUUUGUUAUCAUCUUGGCUUCAGUGCUACGCAUCCGAUGUCGGCCCCACCACAGCAGACCGGACCCUCUUCGGCAACAGACGGCCUGGGCCAUCAGCCAGCUGGCCACCAGGAGGUACCAAGCCAGCUGUCGGCGGGCUCGAGCCGAGUGUCCAGACUCAGGGAGUAGCUGCAGCUCGGCCCCUAUGUGUGCCAUCUGCCUGGAGGAGUUCUCAGAGGGGCAGGAGCUCCGGGUCAUCUCCUGCCACCAUGAGUUCCAUCGCACCUGUGUGGACCCCUGGCUACACCAGCAUCGGACUUGCCCCCUCUGCAUGUUCAACAUCGUAGAGGGAGAUUCAUUUUCCCAGGCCCUGGGAGCCUCUCCAUCUUACCAGGAACCAGGCAGGAGACUCCACCUCAUUCGCCAGCAUCCUGGCCAUGCCCACUAUCAUCUCCCCUCUGCCUACCUGUUGGGCCCUUCCAGGAAUUCAGUGGCCCGGCCCCCAAGACCUAGACCCUUCCUACCCUCCCAGGAGCCGAGUAUGGGCUCUCGGCAUCAGCGUCUCCCCAGGGCUGCACAUCUCCGGACACCAGCAGAACAACAGCACCUGGCAGUAUCUCAGCAGCCCUAUGCACGGGGCUGGGGGUUGAGCCGCCUCCGAUGCACCUCUCAGCACCCCACGGCUUGCCCAGUGGCUUUACGCCGGGCCAGGCCUCACGACAGUAGUGGGUCUGGAGAAAGCUACUGUACAGAACGCAGCGGCUACCUGGCAGAUGGGCCAGCCAGUGACUCCAGCUCAGGGCCCUGUCAUGGCUCUUCCAGUGACUCAGUGGUCAACUGCACAGACAUCAGCCUGCAGGGGAUCCACGGUAGCAGCUCCACCUUCCGCAGCUCCCUGAGCAGUGACUUUGACCCCUUGGUAUACUGCAGCCCUGAAGGGGAUCUCAGAGGAAAAGGAAUGCAGCAGCCUAGUGUGACCUCUCGACCCCGUUCCCUGGACUCAGUGGUGCCCACAGGGGAGACUCGGGUUUCCAGCCACAUCCACUAUCACCACCACCGCCACCACCACCACUAUAAAAAGCGGUUCCAGUGGCAUGGCAGGAAGCCUGGCCCAGAAACUGGGGUCCCUCAGUCCAGGCCUACUGCUUCUCAGACUCAGCUCCAGCUGGAGCCAUCUUUCUCGGACCAGAAGUUCACCACACCCAACCCAGCAGCUUCUUCAAUGCUCCCCAACACACAACGGCCCAGGUCCCUGACAGAGCUAGCUCCUGGCCUAGCAGAAGCUGCCAGCCCCAGCCCCAACUCCAACCCCAACAGUCUUUUGAACUUGCAGAAAUCCAGCCUCCCUGUCCGACACCCACAAAGAAAACGGCGGGGUGGCCCCUCAGAACCCUUGCCAACCUCUCGGCCCCAGGACUUGACUGUGCACCCAGCUUGCCAGGUUUUCUCCCACUACAGCCCCAGCCUCGCAUCCCCUUGGCCUCCAGAGGCUCACCCAUUGAUCUGCAGGCCUCCGGGCCAGGACAGGAGACUGCUACAUGAAGCCCCAGGGCCCUGUUACUCCAGUUCACAGCCAGUGUGGUUGUAUCUGCCCCCCCACCAGCCUCUGGGACCAUGCUCUCCUGGAGAGGGGCAUUCCGAGUGGAGUUCUGACAUGCCAGAGGGCAGACCAUGUCCUUAUCCACACUGCCAGGUGCUGCCAGCCCAGCCUGGCUCGGAGGAGGAGCUUGAGGAACUGUGUGAACAGGCUGUGUGAUGUGAGACAGCUCCAACCAACAACAGUAUGCUCCAGAUGACUCAGGGUUCCACCCGGCACCGGGUUCUGCUCCUGGGAGAAGCGAGGGCAUUGGCAAGCAUCUCUUUUUGCCACACUUCCCAGGACCACUGGAAGACGAGUGGUGAUGGUGGGUGGCGGGAGGUGCUGUUUCCUGCCCCCAGUUCUCAGUCUUGUGUGCAGAACACACCUACUGUGCAGAAAGUCUGUGUCCAGCCAGACCUCCAGCCACUAUGCAGUUGUGAGGUGGGUCCCUUAAAGGCUGAGUUCCUGACAGGAAGCUAGGGUGAAUGUCCAGGUGUCCUCAAGGUGCUGCUCUUUUCCCAAGCCCAGAUGGGUCCCCUGCUGGGUCUCCUUUGCCCCGGGCAUCAGCUGCACACAUGCCAGUGAGUUCACCUGAGUGCAUGGCCACUUCUUGUCUCCUUUCAAGGCUUCACGGGGGCAACUUCAGCUUCGCGUUUUCCUUCUUCACAAAAGAACAAGGAGGUUAGGUGAGCCCCCGUCCCUAGGGAGGUCUCUGCGCCCUCUCUAGCCGGAGCCUGCCUUGGUGCUCAGGGAGGAAUGGUUCUUCCUCCCUGCUCUGAAACUGAUGUUGAGUUGCAGGCUUCGGGAGCCAGGGUGUAGACUUCGGCCCCAGAGGUGAGGACAAACCUGGGGUGAAAGUUUGAUUCUCAAACUCCUUGUCACUCCAGCGACUCCAGUUCCCCUGAGGUAGAGAUCAGGAACAGAGAGGAACUCCUCUUCAAGGCACACCUGUCUCUAAAUCCCAAAGCAGGCAGAAAGGAAGCCCCACCAAACAUCUGGGCAGAGGGAGGAUGAGAUGAAGGCAGAGAGAACAAGAUUACAGCUGAGCAAGGACAGACUUCUUCUCAGAGAGGUUCUCAGAGCCAAGCUGGAGAAGAAUAACACGUGACCUCACGGGUUUGCAGGGCCCAGAGGCCCACCUUCCCAGUCUAAGCCAUACAAAGCCACAACCCAACAGAAGGUGUACACAUGGAAUUGGAGCCAAAAGUUGGCCCGGGCAGCUUGUACCAAGUGGGCAAGAGCUGAGGGGCCUCCUGUAGCUCUUCGUCCCCGGGCAUCCUGACCAUUGUCAGCCCCUCAGGCAGUAUCCUUGCCUGGAAUGUGAAUGUGGGGGCAAAAUGGACACCGGAUCCUACUCGGAAAACUUCUCUCCUCAGAGUCAGUGAGGAGACUCCCACCCAGGCACCCACAUGGGUAUUUAUAUCUGAACCAGACAGAAAGAUGCUUGAAUCAGGCACUAUGUUGAGAAAUGUAUUUAUUUGCUAAUAUAUUUAUCCAUAAAUAUGA